AGCUCCGUGCGCGCAGCACCGACACGCGGGGCCCCGGCGGGCUCCGUCCCCCCGAGAUUUCCCAAUUCCUGGCUGGACACAGCGCCCCUGCAGCCCCCCCACCCCGCCCUGCCCUGACCUUUGCACGAAUCCCCCAGCGCGGCCGUCCGGAGGGUAUAAAGAGGGAGCCCGGGGCUGCCCUCGCUCACAGAGCCCGGACAGCCAUGAAGGCGUCGCUGCUGUUCCUGCUCGCCUGCACGGCCGUCCUGGCGCUGGGAGCAAGGGCCGACUCGCCCGAGGAGCCGAAGGAGCUGGUGCAGAAGGUGCAGGAGCUGGCCCAGAAAGCCACGGCCAUGGCCAAGGACGCCUUCAGCAGGGUGCGGGAGUCGGAGGCGGCAAAGCAGGCCAGGCAGUGGCUGUCGGACAACGCGGAGCUGGCGAAGCAGCGGCUGGUGUGGCUGAAGGAGCAGCUGGCCGAGCUCUUGAAGAAGACUCCGGCCGCGUAGCCUCGCCGGGGGCUGCCUGGGGUCUGUCGGGGCCGGGGACCCCCCGGCUCCCACCCGCUGUCGUGGUGCUCUCAAUAAAGCGGGGCUGAGGCAAA